AUGAAGGAGAAGAUUGGGAAGAUGAGCAGAGAGAUCUCAUCUCUUUCAGACACAAUCAGAGCCAUAGAAAAGGACAUAGGAGCUGAUGACAUCACAUUUCUUCAGAACUACAAGAGCACAGUGGAAAGAGCCCAGUGGAAACUGCAGGAUCCAGAGAGCGUUUCAGGAGUUCUGAUCAAUGUGGAGAAACACCUGGGCAACCUAAAGUUCAGAGUCUGGGAGAAGAUGCAGGAGCACUGUCCUGUUGCCGCCCCCAAGGAGGAGGCUCAGGCAGUGUAUGAAUUUGUGUUGCCCGAUGCAGUGGGAGGGGAUGGUGGUGGGUUUCUCAGUGCCAGAGCUCUGUAUGACUACCAAGCUGAGGAUGAUGAUGAGAUCAGUUUUGACCUAGAUGACAUCAUAACUGAAAUAGAGUUGAUUGGUGGAGGCUGGUGGAGAGGAGUUGGCCCUGAUGGCCAGUAUGGAAUGUUUCCUUCCAAUUAUGUUGAAUUACUGGGGGCUGGGGGGGCUGGCGUGCCCACUGCCCCACUAGAGGAGAGCCUUGCCUCAUCAGAGACAUCCUCUGUCCCUCCUAAGAAAACUUCUAAAAAAAACAAAAAAACACCGUUAUAUAAAUAUUUUCUGCGUAUGUGAUUUUCUGUAAUUGUGUCAUUGGUUAUGGGAAAUGCACUGCUUUCUCUUACCUAUUUCAAAGAUGUGGGUGUGUUUAAUCAGAUCUCCUCUCUUACACCAAACCACGAGAUGCUACUGUACUUCACGCAUUCAGUGCAGAGAUGUGAAGAGAAUAUCAUUAGCUGGUCUUAGAAAGCAAAUUGCAACUAUUACUAUUAACACAUCUAAUUCUGAUUCAUUCUUUGCUCUGGUUCUUAUUGCUGUUUUAAAAGUACCCCAAAUAUGUGCAAUAUACAGCUACACAUUCUCCAGACCCGUGCCCUGAUAAACCCUAUGCAAAUAGUCUGUGUAACCCCAUGUUACGUUGUGCCUUGCGCUCCCCUACUUACUGCCUGAGAAGGAGGAGGAAGGAUACAAGGAAGUUUAUUGUCACAUGCAUAUAGUUACUGGAAGUAAGAAAUGCAGUGAA